AUGAAAGAUAUUUAUACACCGCAUGGAGUAACAGACACAAUGGCAAAUGAAGCGAAAUCUAAUGAUGAUGAUAGGGACAACGAUGCCUCUAUUAUUCCCGAGUCUCCAGAAAAUGCAGAUACGGUCGAUACACAGACACACAGACACAGACAACUGAAGCUAACGGAGAACAAGAUGUGGCUCCUGAUAACCGAGCACAGUUAAAAAAAAGGAAUUUGUUUCACCAAAGCAAUUACCAUCAAAAAAGAAAAAAAAGUUUACAAAUGAUUCUGAUGAAAGAGCGGAAAUGGCAUUUCAAUAUCUUCAGAGAUGCGAGAAAAAAAAUUGACGAAUGCAUUGCUUUUGGAAAUUUAAUUGCUGCUAAGCUCAAAAACAUGGACCGCAUCACUCGACAACAUGCGAUGAACG